AUGGCAGAACCAACUCAGAAGAAACACAAAUCAGAUGAUGGCGACAAUUCCCUUGAGCAACUAAAGUCGAGUGGUACUGUAGUGGUUGCGGACACUGGUGAUUUUGAGGCGAUUGCUCAGUUCACGCCACAGGAUGCAACGACCAAUCCUUCUUUAAUUCUGGCAGCAGCUAAGAAGGAAGGAUAUGGAGAAUUAAUUGAUGUAGCAGUUCAAUACGGUAAGAAGCAAGGUGGUAGUUUGGAAGAGCAGACUGAGGCUGCCGUUGACAGAUUGCUGGUUGAAUUUGGUAAGAAGAUUUUGGAAGUUGUUCCAGGUAGAGUUUCUACGGAGGUUGAUGCUAGAUUAUCGUUUGAUACCGAGGGUACUGUUAAGAAGGCUUUGGAGAUCAUUGAGUUGUAUGCAAAGGAUGGUAUUUCGAAGGAGAGGGUUUUGAUCAAGAUUGCGUCGACUUGGGAAGGUAUUCAAGCUGCCAAGGAAUUGGAGUCCAAACACGGUAUCCAUGUGAACUUGACUUUGUUGUUUUCGUUCCCUCAAGCAGUGGCAGCAGCUGAGGCCAACGUGACUCUGAUCUCCCCCUUUGUGGGCAGAAUCCUUGACUGGUACAAAGCUUCUACAGGUCAAACCUAUACUGCGGAAACUGAUCCAGGUGUGCAAUCCGUCAAGGAGAUCUACAACUACUACAAAAGGCACGGCUACAAGACCAUUGUCAUGGGAGCCUCCUUCAGAAAUGUUGGUGAAAUCAAGGCGUUGGCUGGUGUUGAUUAUUUAACCAUCUCGCCCGCAUUGUUGGAAGAACUCAUGGGUUCAGAUGAACCUGUUCCAAGGGUUCUCGAUGCCCAGUCUGCUAAGGAACAAGGUGCAGAAAAGGUUUCCUACAUCAACGAUGAAGCUAAAUUUAGACUUGAUUUGAACGAUGACGCUAUGUCUACAGAAAAGCUCUCUGAAGGUAUCAGAAAGUUUUCCGCUGAUAUCGUUACCUUGUUUGGUCUAAUCCAAGCUAAGAUUCAGGGCCAAUAA